GCUUCCGCCAACUUGUGUUCAAUGGCGUCGGUAUAAUCCGCACUUUUUCUUUCUAUCAAAAUGAGGGAAACAGAAGCGCCAGCAAGUAUGAAAUACGACAACACCAACAACAACACGUGCCCAUCAUAUUCAUUUCAUAAUAUCGUAUCGCAAUCUUUUACAUGUAAACGAUAGGUUGCUCAGCUUCUGCUGUAGCCUGUGCCCCCCCCCCCCCAAAACUGACACUUACUGCUAGGACGGCCUGUGCCCCCCCCACUCAAACUCACACUUACUGCUAGGACGUCCUGUGCCCCCCACUCAAACUCACACUUACUGCUAGGACGUCCUGUGCCCCCCACUCAAACUCACACUUACUGCUAGGACGUCCUGUGCCCCCCACUCAAACUCACACUUACUGCUAGGACGUCCUGUGCCCCCCACUCAAACUCACACUUACUGCUAGGACGUCCUGUGCCCCCCACUCAAACUCACACUUACUGCUAGGACGUCCUGUGCCCCCCACUCAAACUCACACUUACUGCUAGGACGUCCUGUGCCCCCCACUCAAACUCACACUUACUGCUAGGACGUCCUGUGCCCCCCACUCAAACUCACACUUACUGCUAGGACGUCCUGUGCCCCCCACUCAAACUCACACUUACUGCUAGGACGUCCUGUGCCCCCCACUCAAACUCACACUUACUGCUAGGACGUCCUGUGCCCCCCACUCAAACUCACACUUACUGCUAGGACGUCCUGUGCCCCCCACUCAAACUCACACUUACUGCUAGGACGUCCUGUGCCCCCCACUCAAACUCACACUUACUGCUAGGACGUCCUGUGCCCCCCACUCAAACUCACACUUACUGCUAGGACGUCCUGUGCCCCCCACUCAAACUCACACUUACUGCUAGGACGUCCUGUGCCCCCCACUCAAACUCACACUUACUGCUAGGACGUCCUGUGCCCCCCACUCAAACUCACACUUACUGCUAGGACGUCCUGUGCCCCCCACUCAAACUCACACUUACUGCUAGGACGUCCUGUGCCCCCCACUCAAACUCACACUUACUGCUAGGACGUCCUGUGCCCCCCACUCCAACUCACACUUCCUACUAGGACGCCCUGUGCCCCCCACUCAAACUCACACUUACUGCUAGGACGGCCUGUGCCCCCCACUCCAACUCACACUUCCUACUAUGGCGGUCUGUCCACCCCCUCCAACUGACACUUGGCAAGCGACUUGAUAAAGAAGCCUUUCCAAUUGAAAUUUUUUUGGGAGGGGGGGGGGGGAAAUAGCCCUAAGAACUAAAAGACAUAGAUUUAUAUUACCGAAACACAAAUUAUGUAGACAUUAUAUUUUAAAACCCGACAAUGGGAAACCCGUGUUUGUUAGUUCUAUCGUCAAUGUAUGUGUAUACGUCGUAACCCAUCGUAGUCAUGUGAAUUAAGGUCCAGGUAAUAGCUGGUGGUACUGUCCUACUGUAAAACCUUGAAUUACAUUUAAACAAACGGGGUUCCCUUCCCUUACAUCAAACACUAAACAGUGGCUCUCUUAUUCUCCAGGCUAUAAACAGCUUGUGGAGCGUUUCAAAAAUGAUGACAACCACCGCGCCAACUAGGACGGGAUACUAUUAAUAGCACCUGGGCUAUCACGUGAAAGUAAACCAGCAACGCCGCUUAAAAAUUUCAUCAGACUGGGCAGUGAAUAUAAGGAAUCUCCGAUGGCAGAAAAUUAAAUGCAGGCAAAGAACAAGAAAGUACAUGUUACAAAGAAGAAGCAGUCGCCACUGAUGUCCAGCGAUUUCAUACAACUGAAUAAAUAGCAUUUUACAGUUGUGAUAAAAGAACGACCUUUAACCCCGUUUUGUUUCGUUCAAUGAGCUGGCCGAGGUAAGUUAUUUUAUGUUCCGCUCGUUGUGAAUUUUCGCUAAAUAUCAACAACAAAAAUGUAAUGGCUUAUUUAGCAAUAACGUGGCAAAUGAUUUAGCGUUGAAGUUUGGUAACAGAAAUGCAAAUCAACAAGGAGACAUUCGCAUGUUUCAAAGCGGUAUUUUGAGGGGGUGCACAGCGGCAUCGUCAAAAUUGUGUUAUUGUGAGACACUGCAGGGCUUUUAACGUGAGAUCUGCUUCACUUAGAGUUGUUUUUUUAUUAUACUUUAUAACGAAUUCAAUUGUUCGUUAUUUCAUAUUACAUAAUAAUUUGGGUCAAAAGGAUGUGCUAUCUAUUUUCAUCGAUACAAUCAGAUGUUACCUAGGACUCUAGAUAAUACGUAAUCCUACUACUGUUAUUUUUACUUGAGUAUAGUAUAUAAACGUCAUUGACAGGUCCUGUUCACUCAUCGAAUAGGGUGGGAGAUUGAGGGGGGAGGGGGGCGGUGGGUUACUUUAUGUGGACAUUGAUUUUUAUUGUGUAACUAUUCUAAAUUGCUGUGCAAUCGUGUUCCCUAUGAAUUUCUCCUUAAGAAAAGGUAGACAUUUCUUAAAUUGUAUUAAUUUUUUUUUUAUUUGACUGUCCUGUGUUAAAUUUAAUCGGUGUCUCCAAACAGGUACCAUUAUCCUGACUGGAAGCCAUUUGCUGACUGGAGGCCCCCCUACCCGUAUUGGAACUCUUAUCGGCACUGGAUGAGCCAUCGUCACUACAGAGGCGGCAGCAUGUUCGGCAGAUUAUUUUUCUUCCUCGUCGGUGUCUACGCUGGUGUUGUGGCCAACCAACGGUACCGACUGCCCCCAGCGCCCACACCGUGCGGCGGACACCACCAUGAACACAGGUCUGACAGCAGGUCAAGGCUGGACGAGUAUCCGGAACUCAAAGAGGCGAUAGAGAAGCUGAAAGCGUUUGAAAAGCGCUACCGGAAGCACCCACCGAACGAGGAGCGGGCAGCCCCACCCACGACAUCGUCAGCACCGCCUUCAAACUGAGUCUGAUUGUUUACUCGAAUUCAACGUUCGCUGAGAACUAUUUCAAACUGGCUUAAAGUACAGAAACGAUUUAAACAACGAACACACGUUUUUGAAGGGCAUCAUUUCAUAGCUGCAGCAUUACAAAACUUCAUGGAGGCAUUCAUGUGAUAGUUCAUAUAUGAAAAUAGUUUGAUCAAGUAUUUACCAUGCUCAUCAAUUGUGCCUGAAUGAAUCAGUGUGAAUUUUGAAUGUAUGAAAGUUGAAAGUGUGUGUUAAAAAACCUGUCCUGCUCACAUAUAAUAAUCCGAAUUUGUGUCCAUUUUUAAUGCAACAUUAUAUGUUUAAAACUUUUUUAUUAAACAAAUACCGAAAACCUGACCAGAAGUGCAGGUUUUUUUUUU